CCUAAAUCGUUUAAGUCAAGCGCCAAGAAAGCUAUAUAUCAGUAUGAAUUAACACAUCAACACAAAUAAAUUAGGCCUCACACGUCAAGGAAGGACACGUCGCUCGGGCGCUCGGGCUUUAGGACUGCGACUGAAAAUAAGAGUGCAAAAUAUUUGUCACGUCCCUUGGAAUUACACCAAGCAAUCACCAUGGGAUCCACACUUUGAGUGAUACCAUCCUAAUUAACAUUUGGCCAUUAUGGAUGAAGAGAGCCUAGAUGCAGAGCUGCAUGUGAAGGCAGGAGAAGAUGGGGUGGAAAUUAAGGACAUUUGUGAGGAAACUUACCCAGAAUUAAAGAAUGAAAAUGAUGUUUGCCUGAAUGCAGUUGAUAAUAUUUAUAUAAAGACUGAGAGUGAAAUGGACAUCAAGGAUGAAUGUCAAUUUUCUGAGGAAUCCGAGAACUUUGAAUGCAAGACAAAUAAAUGUUACUCAGAUGUUAAAAUGACAAAUGAGGAAGAUGUUUGCAUUAGUCAGACCAAUAAUACGUAUAUUAAAAGUGAAGAUGAUGCAGACAUCAGGGACAAGUGUACCAUUACUGAAGAAACAGAAAACUUGGAUGAAAUAAAUUUUAAUGACUUUGAUAUAGAAGUGAAACAUGAGAAUAAUACUUGCCUUAAUAAUGAGAGCACUGUCUUUAUUAAGCCUGAAGACAUUAAGGAUGACUGUUCAUUUUAUGAAGAAACUGAAAGUUUUGAUGAUGGAUCAACUGAACAGCAUGGUUGCAUAUAUGUUGAUAGGAAGGAAACUACAACUAAAGAUUUUGAGGACUCUAGGAAAAUUCAGUGUACAAAUAGUAAUUUGACAAUGCAGAUAAAAACACAUACAGCAGUUACAGACCGAAUUGGAUAUUCAAAUGAGAAACCUUGUAAAUGUGAGAUAUGUACAAAAAAAUUAUCUCAAGAGAGUAUUUUAAGAAAACAUAUAAAGCAACAUUUUAAUGAGAAGCUUUUCAGCUCUGAGGUAUGGAGUAAAAAAUCUGCAAGGAAAGAUACUCUAGUAAAUCAGAUGCAAAGACAAAUAAAUGAAAAAUCACACACAUGUGAAGUAUGCCGUAAAAAAUUCUCAACUAGAAAUAGUUUAGUAACACACAGGAGAGUUCAUACAAAGGAGAAAUCUAUUGCAAUACCUCCAGCUCCUAGACAUGGUCCACCAGUGCGUGCCCAGCAACACAGAGUGAUGGAUCGCAGGCAGCAACUGAGAGUCCUGUACCUUUUGUAUUUAAGAAAAAAGAAAAGGCAGUGCAGAAUCCACUGGAUUCACCCAACUAAUGAACAAAGAGAUACUCUAGGAGCAUUUGCAACAUUGUAUAAAGAAUUAAGAAGUGAUCAUGUAAAGUUCUUUGGGUAUUUUUGUAUGUCCAUGAACACUUUUGAUGCACUCCUACAAUGCCUACAUCUCCAUCUACAACAUGAAAACACCAAAAUGAGAGAUGCUAUUCCACCAGUAGAGAGAUUAGCAGUCACCAUUAGGUACCUAGCAAGUGGCCAUACCUUUACAGACUUGCACUAUGCCUUCAGGAUGGGAAUAUCUACUAUAUCUGGCAUUGUGAAUUCUGUAUGUCAGACCAUAUGGGCUGUUCUUCUGGAAAAAUGUAUUCCAAGGCCUUCAAUAAAGAAGCUGGAGGGAAUAGCAGAAGGCUUUGAGAAGAAAGCAUAUUUCCCACAUUGCAUUGGUGCUGUGGAUGGUAAGCAGAUAAGGACUACCAAAUCUCAAGGAAGUGGUUCAGUGCACUCCAACUACAAAGACUGUUUUUCUGUUCUACUGAUGGCAGUAGCAGAUUCUGAUUAUCGUUUUACUUUUGUGGAUGUUGGUGGUUAUGGAAAUGCUUGUGAUACAUCUAUUUUCAAAAACACCUCUUUCUGGAAAAGUAUUGAUGAAAAUGAACUUCCUUUGCCUGAGCCUAAACCUCUGCCAGGAUCAGACCAUCCAUGUGUGCCAUAUGUUAUUGUGGGUGAUGAAGCAUUUGGACUACACUCUAACUUGAUGAGGCCCUUUGGUGGCAAGCAAUUAAGUAUUGCAAAGAGAGUGUUCAAUUACCGCUUAAAUAAAGCAAGGUUAUAUGUAGAACAUGCCUUUGCUAUUUUAAAUAAUAAGUGGAAAAUAUUACAUCGUCCUCUUAAUGUGUCACCGGAACUUGCAGUAAAUAUUGUUAAAGCUUGCUGCAUUCUACACAAUUUUGUGCAAGAACGAGAGAGAUAUAAUUUUGAAGAUACAGUGACAGUAAUUGGGCUAGAUGAUGUUCCUCGUUCAUUAUCAGUGCGAUCCGGUACUCCUGCCAAUUUUAUAAGAAAUGCAUUUACAGACUAUUUCAUGAGUAAAACUGGGACUCUCUCAUGGCAGUUCUCAAAAAUAUAAUGUAGCUGUAUAGGUGAGCACCUUGUCAUACAGUAGACUAUAUUUCUUUGGACAUGUGCGUAAAAUUUAUUCCAAAGAACUGAAUUUUUAAAACUGUAAAAAGUUUUGGGGUAGUGAUAAAUAAAUUGCAAUUAUAUAAAAUAUAGCUGUGGUAUUUAUUUACCUUAGCCUCUAUCAAAAUAUAUAUUUUGUAAUAAAAUUUGUUCUGAA